UCCACAACUGAUUUCUAACUUUGUAAUAAAUUGAGCGCCCUCUGCCGGCCAAAGUGUCGAGUUGUUCAGAGCUUUUUUUUUUCAACAACACCAACUUGCUGUUUGCUUUCAGGAGAGAUGUCCUCCCAGGUGAGACUGAAGCUGCUGCCGAGUGCCAGAUGCUUGUUUGACGAGCCCGUUCAGGUGAAGGUGGCCGGGCUGAGGUCGAGACAGGUGGUCACCAUGAGAGCCAGCUCGACUGACGAGAGGGGAGUGGUGUUCAGCUCCUCGGCCACCUACAGGGCCGAUGGGAGCGGGGAGAUCGACCUGAAGAGAGACCCCUCACUCAGCGGGAGCUACGUUGGGGUUGAACCCAUGGGUCUGCUGUGGUCGAUGAGGGCAGACGCCCUGCAUAAAUACUUUUACAAGAACAAUUCUUUAAACCCACAUGUGGUGAAGUUCUCUGUGCAAGAGGAGGGGGAGGCCAGGAUGCUGGCAGAGGCGACCAAUGAGAGGCUUCUGAUUGGAGAAGGGGUCAGCCGGCUCCCCGUCAAAGAGGGGAAUAUUCAGGGCGUCCUGUUUACUCCCCCCGGAGAAGGUCCGUUUCCUGCUGUGUUGGAUCUGUGCACCUUUAUGUCUGAGAAAAGAGCCUCUCUGUUGGCCAACAGAGGGUUUGUGGUUCUGGCUCUAGCGGUGUACACUGAUAACCCUGACAACGUCAAAGAGAUUCAUCUGGACCACUUUAAAGAAGCAGUGGAUUACUUACAACAACAACCUAAGGUGGGCAGUAAAGGAGUUGGUAUAAUAUCCCGAUCAAAGGGGGCUGAUAUUGCGCUUUCACUUGCUGCUUUUGUGCCGGGUGUUGAGGCUCUAGUGUGGAUCAACGGCUGCAGCGCCAAUGUGGCCGUUCCUCUCUACUACAAAAAACGCCAGAUCCUCUCACCAUUACUGUUUGACUUCAGCAAGGUGAUUACCACUGAGUCAGGGGCCAGCAUUAUCAAGUAUGGUGUUCAUAAUCCACUGGCAGAGGAGAACAAGACCACUCUGGUCCCGAUUGAACAAGCCAAGGGACGCUUCCUCUUUGUGGCUUCGGAGGACGACCUCAACUGGGACAGCAAGGGUUACGUGGAUGAGAUGGUGGAGAGACUGAAGCGUCAUGGGAAGGACAACUUCGAGGCGGUGUCUUACCAGAGAGCUGGACACUUACUGGAGCCACCGUACGGACCCUACUGCCCCUCCGCUUUACAUGGGCUCAUUAGAGGUCCAGUCCUGUGGGGGGGUGAGCCCAGGGCUCACGCAGCAGCUGAAGUCCACCUGUGGAAGAAGAUCCAGGAGUUCUUCAGAACUCACCUGAGCUGUGAUGCUGCACAGACUAAAGCCAAGUUAUAGAUGCAAAUUGGAUGAUAGGAAAGACACAGGAACAGGUCGUGAUAUCAUGGCUGUCAAUUUACUGUAGUAUAAUCAUGUAUGAUGGUUAAAUGUUUUGUAAUAAAUAGAACAAUUUAAUAUUUCAUUGAUAACUGAUUACAUCACAUUGUAAGGUUAUGAUCGGUAAAAUGUAUUUAGUGGACUACUAUAAUCUGACUGAAACUGAAAAUGGAAAAAGGAAAUGGAAAAUAACUUGGGAUUGAAAUUGAUAUGAAAUGGAAGUUUGAGAAUGGAAAUUAAAUACGCAUCAUAGACAAUACAUUUAAUGUCAUAUUAAUGUUAGUAGAUGUGACUACAUAAGCAUAAUGCUUUUGUGUUUACUGUGAUCUUAUCAUAUACACUAUUCAUAGUCCUGUCCAACCUCACCAUAGAGCCUACAGCUACGGCCACUGCCGGUCACGAAGGAUAACAGAGAAUGCUUUUGGUGUCCUGGCAUCACGGUGGAGGGCGUUUGGCCGUCCAGUUGACUGCAGCCCAGAGAGCACUGUGCAUAUAGUGAAAGCUUGUGUUGCUCUACAUAAUUUCCUGACAUGUACUGACACAGCAACUUCAGCAACCAUAAUCAGAAUCAGAAUCAGAAAUACUUUAUUGAUCCCCAAGUGGAAACUCUUUCGUUACAGCUGCUCACUAUCACGUCAGUGCACACAGGAAUAGAAGAAAUAAAGUACUAAGCAAAUCAAAAUAUAAUACACUAUAAUACAGGCAAGAUAAAUUAAGUACUAAGUGGAUAUAAGUAUAAAAGCUAAAAUAAGUGUAAGUACCAAGUGGAUUUAGAGGUUGAUAAGUAUGUACAGUAUACUACAAUGUAAUAAUAUAAGUAAUUAGUAAUAGUGCAAUAAUGAGUACUGUCAAGUUAAGAAGAUAUCGACAUAGACAUCGAGCCAGGGGAGUGGAGGCGGCAUGUGGAGGGAGACGACAACCUUCUUUCUUUCAGGCACCUGUGGGACGUGUCCCAUGGCAAGAGGCAGUUGUAAGAAGAGGUCUGCUAAAGAACCGCAUCACCGUGUACAAGUUGUCGAUUUGGAUCUGUAACGUGCUGUGAUACUUUGAAGUGCAUAAUAAAACUUGAAAACUUGAA